ACAAUAUGUAUUCAAUCGAGUGUACGUAUGCAAACUCACUCCUUUGCUGUGAUACGACUGUUUGGUUUCUAUAAAAAAGUUCUUUUUAACGCUUUCGCUGCGUAGCUUGGCUUUAUGUGUUAGUGGGAAAAUCAUAAUCGGAACAGAGUGUUUGCAAGUGUAUCUGUAUCUCCGCGUCAAACAACGACUCCUUCAAAGUGGUACGUUGUCGAAUGAACUGAACACACUUUGAAUUUCGCAACCGGCCUCACGGCAUUCAUUGUAUUGCGUUCGAGAAAGCUAUUUUUUCAUGGACUAAUUCGUUGAAAACUAUCUGCAGUUUUGACGUUGAAAUUUGUUUACUAACAUAGAUAAAAGUUAAUUUGUUGGAUCGAAAGUAGAAUUGAUGCACUUUGAUUGACAAUCAAUUUUCGCACGAGCAUUACAAACGACGACAUUUUGUCAUUGAUUCGUCAUUGCCAUUUGAUUUUUGUCAAAUCCGGUGUUGGAUGUAAUUUCAUAUUUCUGCGUUGGGGUGUUUUAACAAUACAUAACCAUAAAAUCGCCAAGAUGACCGACCAAGGACCAUCGUCGGCGAAACAAACCAGGUACAUGCUCAGAAGCAAUACCAGAAGUGGACUUGCCAUUGCAGAACACAACGAGAGUACGGAUGGAAAGCGGAAGCGCAAGGGUCCACUUCGAUUGAUGGAUCUUAACGACGACUGUCUGCUUGCAGUCUUCGGAAAUAUGAAUGUGAUCGAACUUAGCGAUGUCGCUGAAACCUGCAAGCGUACACAGGAAUUGGUGCAGUACACAUUUCGCUUGAAGCAUCAUCAUCGCCUUGACUUGAUAUCAUUGGCUGGACACAACCUGAAGCUGGCAUUGCGUUUGCUUCGUAAUUUUGGUGGCCAUGCUUCGUCAUUAAACAUGACACGCAACGUUCUGUUUUCACACAAACAGGAAGCUGCUUCACGCAAAUUGUUGUCGCUAAUUGCAAAGUAUUGUCGUCCGAAUACAUUGACCGAGCUCUCACUCAGUCGAUUCAUCAUAACACCCGCUUCGAUGAAAGAUUUGAAGGAAUUAUUCGGAUCAUUGGAAAUUUUGAAACUUGAAAACACCACUAUUAAAGAUUGCGACUUGAGCCCGUUCAAAGACAACCUGAAAGUAUUGAAGCUGAAAGAUAGCGACUUUUGUGACUCAACAUACCGAUUCCCAGUCUACAAGCCACUGAUCACAUUCGUCAAUACAACAACAGCUUUACAAGUUUUAUCGAUUUGUAGUAGCACGCGAUUAACACAGUCGCGUACGCGUGUCUAUCAAGCAAUAUCCGAAUUGAAAGACUUGGAAGAGCUUGAAUUAAAUGAACGGAGUCUUGGUGGUUGUGAAAAAACAUUUCAACGCAUUUGCACGUAUUUGUUUGCCCUGAACAACUUGAAGGUGUUGAAAAUAAACUGCCAUGGAUAUUCUGUUCAGCAGCUCGUUGAAGGACUUGCAGCAAAUAAUAUUGCCAUUGAGCAUUUGUCGGUCACAUGUGUAAAAUUUGGUGAUAUUUUUGACGAUGCCAUAGCUAUUGGCAAGUUGAAAACGAUCAAGGUUUUGAAACUGCUUAACGCGAGAAUGGUGAUUGACGCACAUUUACUAAUCAUAGUGAACGACUUGAAAUUGCUCUCCGAAUUGGUUGUUACCGGUUGGAUUUCAGUAAAUGUCACACAACAAGGAAUCGUGGAAAUGCUUCGUGAAGCUGACCGAUUGUCCUGCUUGAAAAUCAACACAUGUCAUUUCCAAUUCAACAUCGGCACGUAUGACGAGAUGCUCGCAAUAAUUAAAAAUCGCCCUGAACACAUUAAAUUGCAACUGAUAUUUGGCCACUGGUCUAGGGAGCCAUUCGACCCAGAAGGAAAUCUACGAUCAAACGACAAAUUGUUGAGCGUGAAAGCAGUCUCGCCACUCUUCAACAUUCAGUAAAUGUUUGCGAUCAAUACUGUGAUCCAUCAGCAUAAUAUCAACUUUUUUGACAAAAGGUCAAUGAAUUUAUUCCGAAAAUAUAGGUUGAAUACAUAAAUGUGUCAAUUAAA